GCUGCCACACGGGGCAGUAGUGAGCUCCCUACCUGGAGUUUACUCAGCCCGUGAAGAAGAGAACACUUGGUGUUGAUCUCGGGUCAAAUCAUCCGGUGACGUCUCUCCGCAUUUUCAACGUCCUCUCGUCGCUUCACCGGGACGUGAUUGAAUCCGUUCACCGGCUCUGAGUCACGGUUCCUCCGCUGUCAGUCCGCUCACCGAUCCUCCGAUGGCCUCCAGGCGGCCGGACAGCUUCGAUGGACUCGGCUACCGGGGCCGCGAUGACCCGCUGUAUGGAGUCAGCUACCCGGUCAGGAGCGCCGGAGCCCCCGCGGAGCUUCAACACCACCACUGGGUCACAACGCCACCGGACAUCCCCGGCAGCCGCAACCUGCACCACGGAGAGCGGACCCCGCAGUGCGAGGACCCACUGGCGGAGCGCGGAGGCCCCGGAUCUGCAGGUGGAUGGGAGGCUCCGCAGCCCGGAGUACCGCCUGUCGAGCAGCUGAACAGAUUUGCCGGCUUUGGAAUCGGACUGGUCAGUCUGUUCACAGAGAACGUCCUGGCUCAUCCCUGCAUCGUGCUGCGCAGACAGUGUCAGGUGAACUAUCACGGCCGCUGUUACCACUUGACUCCGUUCACUGCUGUGGCCGUUAUGUACGCCAUCACCAAGGCUCAGGGUCCGAAGGCUCUGUGGAAGGGGAUGGGCAGCACCUUCAUCGUUCACGGCAUCACACUGGGAGCUGAGGGCAUCAUCAGCGAGUUCACACCAUUACCACGGGAGCUUCCUCAUCGGUGGAGCUGGAAACAACUGGCGGGACAUUUGCUUCUUAAAGGGUUAACAGCUGUGGUGGCGCUGCCAUUUUACUGUUCCAGCCUCAUUGAGACGGUCCAGAGCGAGAUUGUACGUGACGACUCUUCAUCGGGUUUGCUCGACUGUGUCCGUGAAGGUCUGGCCCGAUUGUUGGGCGUCGGAGCUCCUCACAGUCAUCGUCUGCUUCCUCUCAGCUCUCUACUGCUUCCUGCCGCACUGCAUGCUGUCCUACGAUAUGCUAUCGCCGCCUCUGUACAGCGUGUGGUUCUGUGGCUGCACCAUCGGAGCAAGAAGCAGCGAAUGGAUCCGUCCAACCCGCUCGACGGCUACUUCCCAGAGCUGGCAGCGGCGUGGGCUGGGUCUCUUGUGGCUGACGUAGUGGUGUUCCCUCUGGAGACUGCGCUACACCGUCUCAGCCUGCAGGGCACGCGCACCAUCAUUGACGCCACUGACGGCGUGGUGGCUGCAGGAAAUGGUGGCAGCCCAUUAGUCCUCCCUGUCAACACGCAGUACGACGGCUUCUCCGACUGCCUUCACGCCAUCCGCCGCAAAGAGGGGGUGAGUGGCUAUUACCGCGGGUUUGGAGCACUUGUGGCACAGUACGCGCUCCACGGAACGCUGCUCGCUGCUGCCAGGACUCUGCUGAGGCUGUUGCUGCUGGACGGUAAGCACAGCUAGGAGUUGCCAUGGAGAUGCAGCAUCACCACCCACAGAGGUCAUCUGGUGAGAUGGUCUCAUGGACUUUGUGUCACCGUGGCAACAGAAAGAUUAAGACUUUAAAUUUAAAAUACCAAACAUGUUGUUCAUUCGUUACAUUUAAAGGAGCAGGUCAACUCUCCUGUAAUUCAGCACUAUGUGAGAUGUUUGCGGCACUUCCUGCCUUCAAAGUAAAUGUCUCUAAGGAAACACCGUGUCACUUUCCGACCCAGCAUGAAGUCAUGACCCUGUGUUUAAAUACUGACAACUGAUUGGUUCCCUGCUGUGUGUAAAGAUGAACUCUUUAUUUGUAUAAAGUUGUAAAAAUGAAUUAAAAGUAGAUUUAGAUUAAAUUAUGUGAUUAAUAAAUAUAUAAAAUUAUUCAAAAAAUAUUCAAAGCAACAGCUGAACUCUC